AUUUACAUGAACUACACCUCCAAUGAUGCAGCGCUGCCAGAGAGGCCGCCCUCCCCUUUCCCCCACGUGAUUGUCUCCGACCAAUGGGGACUGUCGUUACAGGCGCAAUGCGGUUGUUGGGAUGUAAGGAGGAAUGGCGACGGUCGACACGGUUUCGGACGCCAGAGUAGAGCCGAAUGUGACCAAACAGAAACUGAACCAGGUUUCAAUCCCUUCACUUCCAACCAAACUGUCCGUGAUAGAGAACCCAAAAAUGGAAAGUGAAGGAACAGUGACCGCCUCGUCGAGCGUGGUCUUAUCCUCCGCUCCACAGACUUUGACCGGCCAAGCCAAUCUUGCAGCAAAGCAGAGAGACAGCAGAAAGACCACAUCCACAACUCCCGCCUUCCUCUCCAACCUGGGCAGGGCCACUUUGCGGGGGAUCCGCAAGUGCCCGCAGUGUGGCGUCUACAACGGCACCCGUGGGCUCAGCUGCAAGAACAAAGCCUGUGGGAUUUCCCUCAGAAAUGCUUCUGCGGCAGCGGGCAGGAACAGCAAGAAAUGUGCGGUGGAGGUGGUGAAAGUGAUAAUAGACAGUGAGGAGGGAGUGGGGAAAGAGCGUGAGGGUGGAGGAGACCUGGGCGGAGGCUCAGGUGGAGGGGUGCAGGUGUUUUCAGUGUGCCAUCGAGGAAGAGGAGCCACACCGACGCAGUGGGGCUUUGUUGAACUCGUCCCCACUGAUACGGCUAUAGCGACAGGUGACGGCGCCACCCUGCUUACCCGCAUCAACCUGGGACGCUGCUUUUUGCCGUCAUGCAGGCAGGGUCAAAGGUCAAAUAGGGGCGAGACAGAAUCAGCAGUGGCCACUUCAAAACAGUCCUCGGACAGCCUCUGCAUCCACAUCAAGCAAGCCAUAGAGUGCCAGAGCCGUGCAACGCCGCUGACAUUAAAAAGCUCCGUCCUGGAGGGUUUGCAGGCCUCCGUUCAAGCCAGGGAGGAGCUGUGGAGGCUGGCCACAGAGUCUCCAGGGCCCCUGGUGCAGCGGGUCGCAAAAGACAACCUGGUGGUGAAGUGCCACACAUGUUCCCAGCAUCCUCUGGGGCUGCUGCAUCUCAACGUGGGUGCAGGUGGACUGUCUGUGAGUUCAAAGAGCGAGAGGAGGGGCCGAGAGCAGCAGCAGCAGCAAGUCGUCUUUCACUGUGCCUGUCAGGUCAGCAGCAGCAGCAGCAGAAGUAGACCUGGUGUCGAUGGAGCCGGUGGAGCCACCAACUCUCAUCCUCCGCCUCCCAGCGCUGUCCCGUCACAACCCUGCCUUCACUUCUACGCCUGUGUGUGUGCCUUUGCAAGCGAUGAGAAACUAGCGUCAGAGUUUGCUGCUUUCAUCAACUACACGCCCAGUGGUGUCCAGCAAAACGCUACCACUAGACUAAUUAGUCCCAGUGAGAAGCCGCUGCAACUCGCCGGACCCGUCAGCUCUCAUCAGAAAACAAAGAAACUCCGCCUGGAUGAAUCUCUCUCUGGGAGUAUGCAGGUUGUGGAUGAGCGCUCAGUGGCGAUGGGCUUCCAGCAGUGGCUGGCCAGCGUCACAGAGAGGAUCCACCAGGCGAUGCACUACCAGUUUGACGGGAAACCACUACCUCUUGUGUACCACAUCCCCCAGGAGUUCUUCAACGCUCUGCAGCAGCGUCUGUCGCUGGGCUCCAAGAAGAGGAGGCUGCCCAACUUCACAACAGCGUUUGUGAGAAAUGAUGGACUUCCUCUCGGCUCUUUCUCCAAGUACACCUGGCACAUCACCAGUCUCAUGCAGGUCAAACGCAUCUUUGACACCUCAGAGUUGCCUCUGGAGCUCUCUCAGAGUUUUGUAAAGAACGUUGACGGCUCUUAUUCACGUUUUCGCUGCCCUGAGCCUCCACCUGAACCAGACGGAUACAGGACAGAUCGGCCGCAGGCCAUACGACCGAUGGAGCUCCGCACUUUCCUCAAAGUCGGACCAGUAGAUCAGAAGGAGGUCAGUCCGUUUGUGAUCGAGUGGAUCCCAGAUGUUCUCCCUCGCUGUCGAAUGGGAGAGCUCCGAAUCAGCUUUGAAUUUGGCCACCAGCAGACUGGUCAGCCGGAGAACUGUGAGAAAACGAGUGCGGCAGAGAAAGGAGGUUGUAACAAGUCGGACUUGACCCAAUCCAAACACAAAAAGGCUGUUGACAUACUUCAGAUCAUUGUCUAAAAGUAACCUGUGUCAACAUCUGCAACAGUGUGUUUUGUCAUGACAGAUAUGGAUGAAUAUAACUCAUAUUUACAUGUACAGUAUGUGACUUACCUCAUAUAUCCAUGUUAUAUUAUGCAACCUAUGAAUUAUCAAUUGCCAUGUCAUUUACACAGUGCAAAAUAUUAAUCAACAGUAUUUUUAGACAAUCUAGUCUGUAUGGGAGCACUCAUUAUGCAUUUUCCUUAAAAUAUUUAUAAUGUCAAACAAAAAAACAAAAAAUUAAAUAUAUUUUAAAGAAAAAUAUUUAUUUU